GGUCCCUGGUUUCCAUGGGUUUCCCUGGAAACGGCGGCGGCCCGGGUUCGGGCUUCGGCCCGUUGCUCCUUCUCGGUGGUGUAUCUGCUGUCUAUCUGCGGACAGUACAGCGCACGGUGCCCGGGGGUGACUCUGGAGAGCUGGUGACUGCUGCCUGCGAACUGGGGGUGGCACAUCCUCCUGGAUACCCAUUAUUCACUAUCCUCGCCAGGCUGGCAAUGACCAUUCUUCCACUGGGCUCCCCUGUUUUCAGAGUCAAUGUUUUGAAUGCUUUGCUGGGAGCAGCCACAGCCCCACUACUCUUUGAGACGGCUGGUAGGUUGUCAAAUUCAUACUCUGGAGGAAUUCUUGCUGCUGGCCUCUUUUGCUUUUCCCGGCUGGCAUGGCAGUGGUCCGUUGCAGCUGAGGUUUUCACCUUGAACAAUUUUUUUGUUAGUCUUCUCAUGGUCCUGACGGUUCGAUUCAGUACAGCAGCAACGGCACAGGAAAGGUCAAAGCUUUCUCUGUUGGGAGCAUUCAUUUGUGGCCUGAGUCUGUGUAACCAGCAUACCAUUAUUCUCUAUGUGAUGUGCAUCGUGCCCUGGGUAUUGUUUAGACUACAAAGAGAGAAGGAGAUAUCUGUGAGGGCCAUACCGAGGUUAGGCCUGUGUUUUGGAGCUGGUCUGCUGCCUUAUCUUUAUCUGCCUAUGUCGUCUUACCUCAAUCGAGCACGUUGGAGCUGGGGAGACCAGACCACUUUGAGAGGCUUCACCACUCACCUGCUGCGGGAGGAGUAUGGCACAUUCAAUUUGGCUAAAUCUGAGUCUGGUUCUGGGCUGCUGCAGGUAUUGAGUUUUCAGAUGGCACAAAUGAAGAAUGAACUUUCAACAAUCGGAGCAAUCUUGGCACUCACUGCUAUCCCACUACAGGGCUUUAAAAGGAACGUUGCUCAGCGUUCAGUGUUGUGGCUGUUCACUGUUAUGCUCGGCUCCUACUCCUUGUUCUUCUCCUGGAGAGCAAACUUGGACAUCAGCAAACCUCUCUUUGUUGGAGUGGUUGAAAGGUUUUGGUUACAAAGUAAUUUGGUGGUGUGUGUCCUGGCAGGCUGUGGUCUAGCUUCAGUUUCCUCAGUAUUACGGAGAAUAAUGGGUAGUAAGGCACUGUGGUGCUGGGCAGAGUGGCUCUUUGUCAUCAGCCUCAUUGCCUUUCAAAUCCAUCUGAAUUACAGGAUCUGUGACCAAAGUAAUAAUGGAGUUGUGGAUAAGUUUGCCAGAAAUCUGUUGGGCAGCCUGCCUCCGAAUGCGACAAUUCUGGUUCGAGGAGAUCUUCCAGGAAAUUCCCUGCGAUAUCUCCACUAUUGUGAGGGACAAAGACCUGAUGUUAGCCUAGUGGAUCAGGAGAUGAUGACCUAUAACUGGUAUUUACCAAAACUAGCCAAGCACCUACCACAUGUCCAUUUCCCGGGAAAUCGCUGGAACCCCAUAAUUCAAGAGGAUUCUGCUGGGACUGUGACAUUCAACCUGCAUCACCUACUCAAUGAGAACAGAGACAAGGAAGUCUUUGUGUGUAUAGGACUGCAUGAAGGAGACCCAAGCUGGAAGCACAGUUAUUCUCUCUGGCCUUGGGGGGUCUGUGAGAAACUGGUUCACUCUACCAGUCAAUUCAGCCCAGAAAGUUGGAUCCAACACACCAAGAACAUGUACAACUGGACAGAGGAGUAUGGCAGGUUUGAUCCAGCUUCUUGGGAAGCUAUAGCAAAUGAAGAAAUGUGGCAAGCAAGGAUGAAGACUCCUUUCUUCUUAUUCGAGUUAGCGGAAAAUCCACAACAAACGGAGGCAGUAAAGGUGCAGCUCUAUAAGUAUGCCUACGAAUUAUAUAAGGAGCUGGUCACUGCAAAAAAUCACCCAGUUAAUUGGCACAAAAAUUAUGCCAUAGUGUGUGAGAGGAUGCUGUGGCUCUCUGCAUGGACUGCUGCUGAUGUGGACCCAGAAUUGCUCCUGUCAGAAGCUAUCAAACAUUUUUCACUCUACGUGGCCAAAGCACCAGAAGACCCUCAGAAAAUAGCCAUUGAUGAAGUAAUCAAACACCUCAGGAAGGAACGAGUAAGAGCAGGAAUCAAAUAGAAGAUAAGCCAUCUGAAUUUGAACUAAUGUUCUCCUAAGUGUUGAAGGAGAUUUGCCCAAUUUUGUUGCUCAAUGGAGAAGCAUCCUGCUCAAGACUUGACAAAUACUCAAAAUUGAUAUUCAACCACUUGAUCAGGCCAGAAGAUCGACAAGUUAUGGAGCUUAUUUGGUUAAUGAAUCCAGUCUGGUUAAGUUGCAUUGCAUGUGGCCGAGUGGUAUCCAGAUGACUGAUCUCUCACUCGAGCUGAUUGGUUUCUAAUAAUUUAACAUAUGUCUUUUAUAUCAUGAGACUGCUGGCAGGAGCAGGUCAGAAUUUUACAAAUAUCUUCCUUGUGAUACAGAAAGUUCUGUACAGUCUACACUGGUAAAAUGUCAGUAUGAGUUGAACUACUAGUCUAUCAUUUGACAAGAUACUGGCUCGUCAUCUCUAGAUUGACGUUGAUGUGUUGCCUACUGCACUAACAAAACUCAAAAAUUCCACCAGUUGCCGACAUUUGAAUGCAUUGUUCCACUUCACUGCAUCAGCCUGGCCCUCUGGAUUAUUACUAGUCCAUUACAAUCUGCUGGUGAAUCUAAAUAAUUGUUGAAAAGUUAAAUUCAUUUGUUUGACAUGAACUGAUUGGACUGAAGGAUGUGUUUCUUUGCUGUGUGACUCAAUAGAUGGGUCACCUGAAGAAAGCUUAGGUCUGGUAAAUGAAGACAUGGCACAGAUAUCUGUUUUUUUUGUUAUUAGGCCGUGAUGUCCAAAGUUUAGUUUUGCAGAGUUUGAGGUUAAGGGCUCAAAUGUUCUCCUCAGGAAUUCCAUAUAUAUUCAUGUUUUGGAUCAAAAUGGUGGUAAGAAUCAAGUGAUCCUUCAAGCACCCAACCUGAAUACGAGUAUCUCUUGACAGUGCUACUGAUUAUUUAUUGAUAAUUAAGUCAGUGGAUGGAAUAGUGGGCGGCACGGUGGCUAGCACUGCUGCCCACAGCACCUGAGACCUGGGUUCAAUUCCUGACUCAGGCGACUGACUGUGUGGAGUUUGCACGUUCUCCCCAUGUCUGCGUGGGUUUCCUCUGGGUGCUCUGGUUUCCUCCCACAGUCCAAAGAUGUGCGGGUCAGGUGAAUUGGCCAUGCUAAAUUGCCCGUAGUGUUAGGUAAGGGGUAAAUGUAGGGGUAUGGGUGGGUUGCGCUUUGGCGGGUCGGUGUGGACUUGUUGGGCCGAAGGGCCUGUUUCCACACUGUAAGUAAUCUAAUCUAAUCUAAUAUUAAUUGACUGGAUUGGAUAUUGUUCUAUCUAUUCCCAUAUGAUGUGUGUAAUAUCAUUUAAUAGUUUGAUUAAAAAUACCUAUAUAGCCAUAUUCUCAAUUUCAAAUAAAAUCUUACU